UUGACACUGACAAGUGACAGUAAAUGUCACAUCUUCCGUCAUAUAAACAGCCACGCAUGUAUUGAUGUCUGUCCAACACCAACUCGUAUUUGAAGUUUUCUUUUUGUAUUGAGUUAAACAUUACGAAAAAUGGAAGGAUCACUUCUUGAACCAACGUUAUAUACUCUCAAGGGUAUUGCCAUUUUGGAUAAUGAUGGAAACAGAAUAUUGGCCAAAUAUUAUGAUAAAAAUAUAUUUCCUACUGCAAAAGAACAGAGAGCCUUUGAAAAGAAUCUGUAUAAUAAAACGCAUAGAGCUAACGCUGAAAUAAUAAUGUUGGAUGGAUUAACAUGUGUAUAUAGAAGCAACGUUGAUUUGUUCUUUUAUGUUAUGGGAAGUUCGCAAGAAAAUGAGUUGAUUCUUAUGAGUGUAUUGAAUGCUUUAUAUGAUUCAAUAAGUUUAAUCCUAAGAAAGAAUGUUGAAAAGAGAGCUGUACUAGAAUCUUUGGAUAUUUGUAUGUUAGCUAUGGAUGAAAUAUGUGAUGGAGGUAUUAUAAUGGAUGCUGAUUCUAGUUCAAUUGUAUCUAGAGUAGCUUUACGAACUGAUGACAUUCCUUUAGGAGAGCAAACUGUAGCUCAGGUCCUUCAAUCAGCAAAAGAACAGCUAAAAUGGUCGUUGCUUAAAUAAUUAUUCAUAGAGAAAUAAAAAAUGUUUAUAUAUAAUUAUAUUUAUUGUAAGUAUUCCACAAUUUUAAACUAUCCUUGUAAUAAAAUGAUAUAAGUUAAAA